AUGAGUGAGGCGGGUCGGGAACCCCUGCCCGCCGCGCCGCCGGCGGUGGCGGCGGCCGCCUCAGAGGAGAAGAAAGGGAAGGACCCGGAGCGCGAGCGGCUGCCGCCCAUCGUGCCGGCCGGGGCGGCCGCGUGUUUGGACAGAGGUGCCAAAGGCCAAAUACCCACUUUCAGCAGUUUUGUUUCAACUGUUAGCCAGAAGAAAGAAGCUGAAAAUAGAAGUUCACCUACACAUCUUGUUUUCCCUAACAUCAAGAAUGUGAGAGACCUACCACCAAUUUGCCUUGAUGUUAGACAAAAGCAGCGAAUCUCUAUUGAUGUAUUAUCAUCUGAAAUGAAGGCCCCAAUCCUUCCAGAACCACUCCUUCCUAUCCAGCCCAAAACUAUGAAAGACUUUCAGGAAGAUGUAGAAAAAGUUAAGACAUCAGGGGAUUGGAAAACAGUACAUGAUUUUUAUCUUACAACAUUUGAUUCUUUCCCAGAAUUAAAUACUGCAUUUAAGAAAGAUGCCACGGCUUUAUUUAAUACCAUUGAAGACUCUGGGAUUAAUGCUAAAUUUGUGAAUGCUGUGUAUGAUGCCUUACUUAGUACUCCUCAAGACAUUCAGAAGACAGUAUUGAAGGGAAUCAUUAACAGUCUGUUACGAGAGUGGAAAGGCCCACGAAGUAAAGAUGAUCUUAGAGCUUAUUUUAUACUUUUACAGAAUCCUCAAUUUAAUAACACAUCUACGUAUGUCAUCUAUGCUCACUUGCUACGACAAAUAGCUGCCUUAGUGGAAGCUGACCAUCAUUUUCUAGUUCACUGGUUUAAAAAAUUAUCCCAGAAGAGGUUCAAACAGUUGGUAGAGAGAUUGCUGCAAUUUAUUUCCUUACGCCUGUUUCCUGCAAAGCCUGAAGAAUUUCCCCCUAUAACAAAGUGUUCCUGGUGGAUUCCAUCAGCAUCUAAAGUGUUGGCUUUACUUAAUACUGCAAACAAUUUGGUUCAUCCUCCUCUUAUUCCUUAUACUGAUUUCUAUAAUUCUACACUGGAUCAUAUUGAUCUCAUGGAAGAAUAUCAUACUUGGCAGAGCUUUGGAAACUCUCACAGGUUUUCCUUCUGUCAGUACCCGUUCGUUAUUUCUAUAGCUGCCAAAAAAAUCAUUAUUCAGAGAGACUCAGAGCAACAGAUGAUAAGCAUCGCAAGGCAAAGUCUGGUGGAUAAAGUAUCUCGAAGACAGAGACCUGAUAUGAAUAUGUUAUUUCUAAAUAUGAAAGUAAGGCGGACACAUCUGGUUAGCGAUUCACUUGAUGAGUUAACCCGGAAAAGAGCAGACCUGAAAAAGAAGUUAAAAGUUACAUUUGUAGGAGAAGCUGGUUUGGAUAUGGGUGGCUUGACUAAAGAAUGGUUCCUUCUUCUAAAUCGCCAAAUUUUUCAUCCCGAUUAUGGCAUGUUUACAUAUCACAAGGAUUCACACUGCCAUUGGUUUAGCAGCUUCAAAUGUGAUAAUUAUUCUGAAUUCCGAUUGGUUGGAAUUCUUAUGGGACUAGCAGUUUAUAACAGCAUUACCUUGGAUAUUCGUUUCCCUCCCUGCUGUUACAAGAAAUUAUUGAGCCCUCCCAUCGUUCCUGAUGACCAAAAUACACCAGUAGGCAUCUGCAGUGUUACCAUUGAUGACUUAUGUCAAAUUAUGCCUGAAUUGGCCCAUGGAUUAAGUGAACUUUUAUCAUAUGAAGGCAAUGUUGAAGAAGAUUUCUAUUCAACAUUUCAGGUUUUUCAAGAAGAAUUUGGAAUAAUUAAGUCUUAUAAUUUAAAGCCAGGAGGUGAUAAAAUUCCAGUUACCAAUCAAAAUAGAAAAGAAUAUGUACAGCUCUAUAUUGACUUCCUUCUCAACAAAUCUAUCUAUAAGCAGUUUGCUGCAUUUUAUUAUGGAUUUCAUAGUGUAUGUGCUUCAAAUGCCCUAAUGCUGCUUCGUCCAGAAGAAGUUGAAAUUCUUGUCUGUGGAAGUCCUGAACUGGAUAUGCAUGCUUUGCAGAGAAGUACUCAAUAUGAUGGCUAUGCAAAAACAGAUGUAACUAUAAGAUACUUUUGGGAUGUUGUACUUGGAUUCCCUCUUGAUCUUCAAAAAAAGUUGCUUCAUUUUACUACUGGAAGUGACAGAGUACCGGUAGGAGGGAUGGCUGAUUUGAACUUCAAAAUUUCAAAGAAUGAAACCUCUACUAACUGGCUACCUGUGGCUCACACCUGCUUCAAUCAACUCUGCCUUCCCCCCUACAAGAGCAAAAAGGACCUGAAACAGAAAUUGAUCAUUGGAAUUUCAAAUUCAGAAGGUUUUGGACUUGAGUAACCUAGCAGACUUGAAAUAUAAAUUUUAUAUGUAGCAUUCACUUCCCUCUUAUUGUGCCUUUAACCUUUUUGUGUUUCUGUCUCAAGAUACUUUCACAAAGUUCACCAACUUUAAAAUACUGAAGCUUUUUUAAAUCAAGUAUGAAAUAUGCUUAGUGAAGGCAUGAUUUUCUAAAAACAGAAAUUUCUUGUGUGAAAGAAAGACCACAUGGCAAAGGCAGGUGUGGGUCCAGUUGCUCUUUUCUAUAGCACUUUAUCAUUUUCCAUAAGUAGUUUGUCACAGGUGUUCCACUGGGAAAGCAAGGUGCAGUAAGAAAUGCAUUUAUGACAAAGUUAAGCCCAGUGGCAGAUUGUGCGCUGCUAGCACACCGUAGCAAAGUAAGCAGCUACAUUAUCUUUAACAUAAGGCAUGUAGCCAUAUUUUCAUAUUGAGGUAAACAACAGUAUAAGUGCACAUGCAGUUUACAGGGUCUUUUGAUAUACUGGUUUGGGGUCCUAUACGAUUCUUUUCAACUGUUGCUGAAAAGCAUGUAAAUAACUACAUAAUAGCCUAAGAAAAAUGGAAUUUUGAUAGUGACAUUUAUUGCUAAAGAUUUAUUUUUACAAAGUAAAUUCAGGGUUUUAGAUGUGUACACAGCUUUUACAAAUCAAUAAAAAGAUGAUUGUAUAAGAGUAUUUUCAGACUAAUUGGAUUUAAGGUUAUAUUCUUUUAAGUAUUGUUAGUCUGCAUGCACAUUGGCAGCAAACCAGUUACCUGAGUACUCUGUAAUAUUUGUAUAAUGAUCAUUUCUUCUUAAAGAUCAAGAUAUUAGAAAAAAAUCAGAUCUGAAUAAUCACUGAUGAACUAAGUCAGAAGCACAAAAGAACUGCUUUUAUAUAUAUUUUGAUUGGUGUACAAGACAUACUUAUUUAAUUCUGAUCACCAGUUGUACUGAAACACUAAUUUUUGGAAAAAAUAGGAUAAAGUAUUUGACAAAAGUGGAUACAAUAAUAGCAUUUAUGUCAAAAUGAUAGAGCUUGGUAUAAUGAAAAGCUCAACAUUUUGGCUAAAAUGUUUGUUGCUCACUGGAUUCUGAAUAUAGUAAAUUCAAACAUACCCUUGUUUCUCAUUUCCCAUAAAAUAGCAUGUAAAAAACACUGCCCUUUAAGUCACAGUAAUUUUUUUUAUUUAUAGCGAAUGAAGCAGUUUUAUUAGCAUGUUACAAACAUUUUUGGAUUGAAUUCUCUUAUUCUUUGAGAGUUUUUCUUCAGAAUACUCUGAAGUUGUAUUUGCAAUAAUAAUGAAACCAGCAUUUAGUACCAGCAUAUGAUUCAUUUGCAAAUAAUACUUCCAAAAUCUUUUCUGAGUUAGGCCAUUUCCUUGCUAUUAUGCUUCCUGCACCCAACCAGCAGAAUUCUUCAAGGGUGGAGGAACUAACCAGCUUGUUUUCCUACAGUUCUGAAGCCAACUCCUUAAUCUUUGAGGGAAAGGAGUCAGUUGAGUUACUAUUACUGCUGAGAUUGAAAUGACUCUGCUUCUCCACUUGGUAUGCUAUACAGCGUAUUUCUUCUUCAAAUUCUUGGCAAGCCUAUGAGAGUUAAAGGCAUAUUGGUUUGGUAUGGUUUUAUUCUGUUUUUAACCCACAUGCAAAUAAAACUGCUUCUCUCUUACACUGCUUGAACUAGAAUGUAAGAUGUUUAAUGUAGGUUACUACUAAUAAGCACAAAAGAAUCAUGUAUAAGAAACCAGAUUUUCAAGUGUUUUAAGUAAAUGUAAAAGUUUUUAUUUGAUAGAGAUGACUCAUGGAAAAUAGUGUUGGCUUGGUCUGCAUGUUUAAUGAUGUGCUUGUAUAUGAUAGCUAUGUCACUUUUAAGUAAGAUGUUCACAAGCAAGCCAGAUGUUAAGUGACAACGUCCAUAAAUAACUGGAGGAUUAUUGUUAUCUGUUGUUAAGUUGAAAUUUAUAAAUCACUAAAUUGCACAUAACCUUUAUUUAUUUAUGCUGUUUUCGGUUUACAGUGUAAUAAUACCUCAUUUAAAAUUAAAAACCACUACUGUUACAUUUUGUUAAUUUAAACAGCUAGAAAAUUCAUGUAGUUACUUUUUUAUAUGCAAUCUGUUAAUGAAUUCUUGAUUUUUGUAUCCACCACAGUAAAUUAAAGCA